GUCCCUUGUCCCACAUUGUGGAGUACGGGGAGCUUAACUUCCCUCCAGUUAAAACAGCCCUGCGUGAAGUACACGCCUGUUUCUGCAAGAGUAACGGCAUCCCCAGGCUCGCGAUCAUGGAGAUCGGAGAUCGUUUUGUGCUCUCCGGCCGCCUGGUGACAGCGGCGGAGGUGCCAGUUGUAAAGCUCAAUGAUGGGACAGAAAUGCCAGUAUUGGCCUUGGGAACGUGGCUGGGGAUGGGUGGCAAGCCCAAAGGUGCCGAAAUAGAACAAGCCGUGCUGUGGGCCCUCGACGCUGGGUACACCCAUAUAGACACUGCGUUCGCCUACAAAAUAGAAGACCAAGUCGGACGGGCGCUGGGGAAGAAGUUCGCUGAAGGUCUGAAGAGAGAAGACGUGUAUAUAACUACAAAGCUCUUCAACGAUGCCCACGCUAGAGACGCUGUUGUCCCCACCCUCCGUAAAUCGCUGAAGAACCUCAACCUGGAUUAUGUGGACAUGUACCUGAUACAUUGGCCUGUAGGACAAUUUGCGAAUGGUUCAUACGAUCUUACAGACUACCUGGAUACAUGGCAAGGGAUGAUUGAAGCCAAGAGCUUGGGCCUUACCAAGUCCAUCGGAGUGUCCAACUUUAACGAGGAACAGAUCAACAGGCUGCUGGAUCACGGUCUGGAGAAGCCGGCUGCGCUACAAGUUGAGUUGAACCUGAACCUCCAGCAGCCUGCUCUCCUCUCGUACUGCAAGAAGCAGGAGAUCGCGGUGAUGAGCUACACGCCCUUCGGCUCUUUGUUCUACAACAAAGCGAGUUCGGACGCCCCCCCACCCCGGAUCGACGACCCUGCACUUGUAUCAAUAGCUAACAAGUACAAUAAAACUGUAACACAAAUAAAUUUGAAAUACCUUAUUGAUAUCGGUGCAAUACCCCUUCCGAAGUCCGUGACAAAGUCUCGCAUUGAAGAAAACAUAAAUAUAUUUGACUUCGAGCUGUCUCCAUCAGACCGGGAGAUCCUGAAGGGAUUCGACAAGAACUUCAGGACUAUUAAGCAGACCAAGUGGUUGGAUCACCCAUAUUACCCAUUUGAGAAGAAUUAA